AUGCCGAACAAGCAUGGAAGAUAUCUCAACAGGCUCAGACUCGGAUUACUCCAGACCUAUUACAGCUCCUGGAUCUCGUGGUUCCUCUCCUCGAAAGGAAACGAAUACUUUUGCGAGGUUGACGAAGAUUUCAUCGUCGAUCGGUUCAAUCUUACAGGACUCAACAAUGAAGUCGCCAACUACUCUCAAGCCCUCGACUUGAUCACCGAUAACCUGGAUGAUGACAUUCAAGACGAGCUCCGCGGUUCUCUCGACGUCCAAGCCCGCCUCCUGUACGGUCUGAUUCAUGCAAGAUGGAUCAUCACAGCCCGCGGUCUCCAAAAGAUGCUAGAGAAAUACAAGCGCGCAGAUUUCGGACGAUGCCCACGAGUCCUCUGCCACCAACAACCCCUCCUCCCAGUAGGCCUAACCGACAUCCCCUACGAAAAAUCCGUCAAACUCUACUGCGGCCGCUGCGAAGACCUCUACUCCCCCAAAUCAUCACGCCACGGCUCCAUCGACGGUGCUUACUUCGGAACGACCUUCCCCCACCUCCUGUUCCUCGUCUACCCAACCCUCCUCCCGCCCAAGAGCGGACCAAGCGAUUUCGGAAGCGGGAGCAGUCGGGAUAUGGCAGGUGAUUCGAGGAGGAGGCGGUUGCGGGAGGAGCAGGAGAUUGCAGAGGGCGGUGGAGACGCUAUCAGCACUGCCAGUGUUGCGCUCAAGGCGGACCGAUAUAGGCCAAAGAUCUACGGUUUCCAAGUCCAUGAGAUUGCCAAAUUGCAGAGAUGGCAGGAGGCUGUCAGAGAUCGACAAGUCGCGCGAUUGGAAUCUCUGGAAGAUCCCGCUCGUACUUGAACAUUGGGUGGGCGCAGUACAUACCCCGGUUACGCUUCGCGACACCGGCGACCAAUUUCUCUUGUAUCAUUACUCUAAUGCGAAGCACUGUAAUACGGGCCCAAUCGACGAUUUCUUUCUC